UUGAAAUUAACACUAACUGAAAGUGAGUCGCACUGAACAGCCGCCAGUCAUUCACAUGAGACGCGAUUACUGCUGGUGUUUUAAAACUGGAAACUGAAGACUGACCAGAAACAGGACUGAUAAACAUACAAACAAGAACUGAAAGUCCUGAAGGUAAUUAUGGUUAGCAUGGUUCUUUGUUAACUCAGUUUGGGACUGAAGAAAGAAAGAAAGUUAUAAAGGUUUGAAAUGACAAGAGGAAUGCGUGGAGAGACAUUAUCAAUCAGAAACCGCUCUGCCAUUGGCCGCUUUCCAUCCAGCACUCUUGUUCUGGACGAGCCAAAGAUUGUGGAGGCAGAGAAGAAGAAAUGGACAUGUAGCAGCUGGAUCCAACAGUGUUGCCUCCGCUGCUGCGGCAGCAAAAAAACAGAUGAUGUCACAGAGACUGUUAUCACCAAUCCCACUGCUGAAGAACCUAAAGAAAACUAUGAGAUGAAAGCUUUAUUGGAGGCACGUUCCAUAGACCUUCUCAAAUCUAAGACUGAACAGAACCGGUUGGAGCAUCACACAGAUCGCUACCAUAGUGAAAACCUCAUCGUCCGGAGGGGACAGACUUUUCAGAUGCUGAUCGAGCUCUCGCGACCGUUCAACCCGAAGACAGAUAAACUCCAUUUAGAGCUCAGAUUAGGGAAUCAUCCAGAUGUAUCGAAAGGCACGCUUGUGAUUGUUUCUUUGGUUGAGGACAUGCGUGAUAACUGCUGGGAGGCCAAGAUCGUUGAACAGACGGGCAGAAAAAUCAAACUGUCUGUCAACUCUUUGCCAUACGCUGCUAUUGGCAAAUACAAACUUGCGGUUAUAACACAGUCCCUGGCAGAUGGGACCAUGUCAACGUACUGUUCAGAGAAUGACAUCUACAUGCUGUUCAACCCUUGGUGUGAAGAUGACUCUGUGUACAUGGAUGAUGUUGAACAGAAGAAAGAAUACGUAUUGAAUGACAUGGGUGUAAUCUAUUAUGGGACAGAGAGCCAGAUCGGAGACAGAGCGUGGAAUUUUGGACAGUUUGAUAAAGAUAUCCUGUCGGCGUGUUUGUUUUUGUUGGAGAGAAGUGGUGCUCCAGCAUCAGGAUGGGGAGAUCCUGUCAGUGUGGUCAGACUCGUGUCUGCACUGAUUAACUCGCCCGAUGACAAUGGAGUGCUGGAAGGAAGUUGGUCAGGUAAAUACGAGGAUGGGACGGCCCCUACGGUCUGGACCGGUAGCAGUGAUAUCCUCAGACAGUAUCAUGAAAAUGGAGGAACACCUGUCAAAUAUGGACAGUGCUGGGUCUUCUCUGGAGUCACCACCACAGUGCUCAGAUGCAUAGGAAUUCCCACCCGCUGUGUAACAAACUUCAACUCGGCUCAUGACACCGAUGUUUCCCUGACCACAGAUGUUUAUUUAGAUGAGAACUAUGAGCUUAUUGAAGAGCUCAAUCAAGAUUCUGUCUGGAACUUCCAUGUGUGGAAUGACUGUUGGAUGGCCCGUCCUGAUCUACCUGCGGGUAUGGGGGGGUGGCAAGCAGUGGAUGCCACUCCUCAGGAGACCAGUCUGGGCGUCUUUCGCUGUGGCCCUGCCUCUAUCACAGCUGUCCGGAAUGGACAGGUUUACCUCAAGCAUGACACGCCGUUUGUGUUUGCAGAGGUGAACAGCGAUAAAGUCUUCUGGCAGAGGAAAGCUGAUGGGACCUUUACUCAGGUCAAAGUUAAGAAGCAGGCAGUAGGUCACUGCAUCAGCACUAAAGCUGUCGGCUCUGAUGACCGUGAAGACAUCACACACCUCUACAAACACCCAGAAGGUUCAGAGGAGGAGCGUAUUGCUGUGGAAACAGCUUGUCAAUAUGGCACGAAAGCAGGAAUCUACUGUUCGUCAGGAACUGAGGACGUCACUGUUCAGAUCACAAUGGAUGAAGAAGAACCUCAGCUCGGUGCUGAUGCUAAACUGUCAAUCACCAUACAGAACACGAGUUCAGAACAGCGCAGCAUCACUCUCUUCGGGCAGGUGGAAGUAGUGUAUUACACUGGGGUACAUAAAGCUACAGUGAAGAAGGACCAGGUACCUGUCGACCUCCAACCCAGUGAAGUUGAGACUGUGGACUGGACUCUACUGUAUGAUGACUAUAAAGAUCAGCUGGUUGAUCAGGCGAUUCUGAUGCUCACUCUUACUGGACGCGUCACUGAGACUAAACAGGUUCUGGUGACCCAGUUCAGUUUCAGACUGCGAACACCAGAUAUUCUGAUAACUCCUGUAGGGGACGCUGUCGUUGGUAAAGAGUUGAGUGUUAAGAUUGUUUUCCGGAAUCCGCUGCGCUGCACACUGAUGAAUGUCAAGUUUCGCAUUGAAGGACUGGGACUGCAAAGCAUUAGAGAGAUUUCCUAUGGCAACAUAGAAAGUCUGGCCACGGUGACGCUGACAGAGAAGUUUAUUCCUACAGAGGCUGGACCACAGAAGCUUCUUGCUUCACUUGAUUGCCGGCAGCUAACUCAAGUUCAUGGAGUCGCCAACAUUGUCGUCAAAGCAUUGUGAAAUGUCUCAAAGAAAAUCAAACUUGUGCUGGAGCUUCAGUCUUCUUUAGACAUCUAAUCAAAUACAGCUUUUAUGCUGUAUUUCUGUAAAACCUGUGCGGUUUUAAAUCUUAAGUUUAGCCAUUUAAAAUGUAAUUCAUUUAAAGUAUUUAUUUUUAUAUCAUGUUAAAUAGUAUUUUUGCUUUUUUGGAAGUGGAAGUUUUUUAAUAUUUAAAAAAUGUAUUUACAACUUAAUUAUGAAUUUAUAUAUUUUUUCU